AUGACAGAACAAGUAAAAAGUAAUCUGCUGGAAGAAACUCAGUUCAUUAAUCCAAAAUCAUUUGAUUAUGCUUUCGAUGAUGAUCUGAGAAAAACUGUAGACAGAAAUGAUAUUUACGAUGAAUUAGUACCAUUUUUGCCAAGUUUUAUUGUAUUUAAAAAUGGUAAAGAGGCUGGAAGAACAAAUGUGCCAAUUGUAACCCGCAAAGUACCAACUUGGUCGACACCAUCACCAAGAGAAAAAUAUAUGGAACCAUAUAAACCAAGUUCUUCAAAAUCAUUAGCUAUUGUUCGAAGACUUACAUCGCGUGAUCGGACGUUAGUUUUUCCGAUUAAAACAUGCUCUGAUUAA